AUGAAAACUCUUGGUGCCUUACUAUGGGCCCUGGCAGCCGUGUCCACCGCUGAAGCAGGCUCAUCCAUCUUUUCAUCCUCCUCAUCUUUGUGCUCCUCCGCCGGUGAACGUUCAGGUGGGGUCUGUCUGAACGGAGGCACCUCUAUCCCAUCCUUGACAACUGGUGAACACAUAUUUUGUCUGUGUGCUGAUGGUUUUGAGGGAAAACACUGUGAAACUGUAAAAGGUGUCCACUGCUACGAGGGAGUUGGACUGUACUACAGAGGCACAGUGUCACAGUCGGAGAGCAGGCGGACAUGUGAGGAGUGGGACGCAGACACCAGGGAGCGGUAUCUGUCCUCCGACAUCAACAGAGGGAGGCACAACUACUGCAGAAACCUUCACUACAGACGGCGCCCGUGGUGUAAUGUUUGGAAGAACCAGCAGCUGGUGUGGGAGUUCUGUGAUAUUCCCCGUUGUGGCUUUGAGUCCUUUACAGCCCCACCUUCGCCUGCAGCCACUGAGCCACAACCAGCUGUUGAGUCAACAUGUGGCCAGCGCAUCAGAAGAAAGCAGAUGAAGAUCGUGGGUGGAACAGUUGCCACAGUGGAAUCCCAUCCAUGGGUGGCUGCCAUAUUUUGGCAUAGCAAAGCUAAGCAGUCUUUUCGCUGUGGGGGGAGUCUGAUCUCCACCUGCUGGGUCCUCACAGCUGCACACUGCUUCCCAGACAGCUCCCACAAAGCGCACCACUUCUCCGUCAUCCUGGGGAAAAAUGCUCUGAAUGAGACGGAGCAGAAUAUGGAGCAAACAUUCAGGGUGGAGGAAAUCAUCAUCCACGAAGGGUUUGAUGACAUUGAGGGGAACUUCAACAAUGACAUCGCCCUGCUGAAGCUGGAGCCCAGACAUAGGAAGUGUGCAGAGGAGAGUACCUGGGUGAGGCCCGUCUGUCUGCCUCCACCUUGGGUGAAGCUCCAGCCUGGGGCCACCUGUGAGAUCGCUGGAUAUGGGAAAGAGAAAUAUGGUUUGUGGUAUAAGUCGCAGUACCUCCGCCAGGCUCAGGUGAACCUCCUCGCUGACAAUGUGUGUCGCCACAGGGAUUACUAUGGAGACAUGAUCACUGACAACAUGUUUUGUGCCGCUCGUCCCGACUGGAGCCAGGAUGCAUGCGAGGGAGACUCAGGAGGGCCUCUGGUGUGCGAGAUCGAUGACAGGCUCUUCCUUUUUGGAAUCAUCAGCUGGGGCGACGGCUGCGCAAUGGAGUUCCGACCUGGCGUUUACACCAAAGUGGCCAAUUAUAACCGCUGGAUAAAAGAGAAGACGGGUCUGACAUCCAUCAUUGGUGGAGCCAUGUGAACUCUGUGUUGCCCUAAAACCCCCUAAGACCCGGCAAUUCAUAUUUGUCCUCUGUGGGGGACAUGACACUGUGGCCUUUAUUUUAAACACCAUGCUUGCAGCCUGUUUGUGUCCUAAUGUCCUGGAAAGAGGACAUCCUG